ACAAAACUAGGUACUACUAUAAUACAAAAACAAAACAACACACAAACUUUUAUGUUUUAUGUUUAUGCCGUUUAGUAUCGGCAUUUUACAUUCCAAACAUAUUUUUCCUCCUUCCUUAAACAUUCCCAUUUAUUGUUCCGCGAACUUUCUUCUUUCUUUCCUUCUACCCUAUCACCAAUUCUCAAAUGGGUCUCUGGGAUUCCCUUCUCAAUUGGCUCCGCAGUUUAUUUUUCAAACAAGAGAUGGAGCUUUCUCUUGUUGGGCUUCAAAAUGCUGGAAAAACUUCUCUUGUCAAUUCAAUUGCUACAGGAGGAUACAGUGAGGACAUGAUUCCAACGGUUGGAUUCAACAUGCGAAAAGUUACAAAGGGAAAUGUCACAAUAAAGCUUUGGGACCUUGGUGGACAAAGGAGGUUCCGAACUAUGUGGGAGCGUUACUGUCGUGGUGUCUCUGCUAUUGUGUAUGUGGUAGAUGCUGCUGACAGAGACAGUGUUCCAAUAUCUCGAAGCGAAUUAAAUGAGCUUUUAACAAAACCUUCCUUGACUGGAAUUCCUUUGCUUGUUCUUGGAAACAAAAUUGACAAGUCAGAAGCUCUUUCCAAGCAAGCAUUGGUAGAUCAGCUAGGACUUGAGUCAAUUAAAGACAGAGAAGUAUGUUGCUAUAUGAUUUCAUGCAAGGAUUCUGUAAACAUAGAUGUGGUUAUCGACUGGCUUAUCAAACACUCGAAAACUGCGAAAUGAUCCGAUCAACCAGUAUUUCAUCUUUGCUCAUAUAUGCGACAUGUCGAUGAAAUUACUUCCCAGUGUAAUGCAUUGUUCUUAAUUUUAGUUUAUGGGUCAAGUAUGUGUAUGUGUACAGUAAUCAAACUUGGUCAAAUCUUCCAUGCAAUGUUGUGUAAACUGCUAUUACUUGAUGUUGUACCAAGUUUUGGAUGAUUUCUGUUUAUAACUAGAUUUUAGUCCAGUAACUUUAUUUGUUUAAAAAAAUAUUGAAAAUUAUUGUGAUCCUUAAGUAGGGGAAAAAGUUCAAUAUUGAGGUUUGCUUCCCAAAUAAAACUUAUUC